AUGGCUACCUCAAUGAACCCCGUCGACCUCUACCACGACCCCGCUCUUGACGACCUGCUCACACAGCCCAAGGCUCCGUCAAAAAGUAACGGUUCGACUCGUCGCACAAAUAGUGGCGCCCAUCGCCGCUCAGCCUCUGAAAAUGUCGACUUCUCUGCCCUCCCUCCGACUGCGCCUGAGGUUCCGCGAGGCCCUCCCAUUUCCUAUCGAGGAUUAGGUCCAGCUGAGCCUGAUGUUCAUAGAUCAUUCUCCCAAAGAGCUAGAGGCCGACCAUUCGCAAAGGAAGCAUUUGCUGAUCAGGAACUGGUCCAAAGUCAAGAGAAGGAUGUCAAGCCCCGUGUCUCGUCCACGGGCCACCAAAGAGAUGCUUUGACCAGUACCACAAGAAAGCCUGUUCCAAGCGAAGGCCUCCGCCUCAAUACAUCCAACCUUAAUGGCACCGCAUCCGUCCCUGCACCUCGAAGAGAGAUUCAAACCGCACGAGAACCUCCUGUCGAUCAUGUCAAACCAAUUGAAAAGAUCCGGCGCACUUCCGACACCCCCCGCAAAACAGAGGACCCCUUUUCAGCUAUUAGUCGAUCAAGUGCUUUCCGCGACGAUGCUCAAAGACGGGACUGGGCGCCGGAUCGUUCCCCACUUCAGAAAUUGGAGGUGACUUUGAACGAUAUCAGUAAAGAAGAAAAGAGAGCCAGAGUUCAGGAAGCAGAAAUGAUGUUGCGAGACCGGGACGCCAAACUGGGGCGCACUCAUAUCGAGUCCCCUCGUGACAAGGCUUCUCCGGCAGCACAGACUUCCAAAGUCGCUCCCACGGCACGACGCUCCAGCGCCAAGCGUGAGCGCGUCGCUGAAUCUGAUGCACAACCGGUUGAAGACGCGGUCCUGGUCCGAAAUUUGAGUAUGACGCAACGACAACGUCUGCAGCAUAGUACCACCGUUGACAAUCAUCGUCCUGAUGUUCGAAGUCUUUCUGGCGAAAAGCAUCCAGGGUUUGAAUAUACCAUCUCUGCACCACUGUAUGACCAGCAGCCCGGUCCCCGACGAACGAGUCACAAAUAUCGACGCGAAGACUCCCCGGAAGACCCACCAGCCAAAACUUCCAAAGAGAUCUUUGAUGAAGCUGCCGCAAAAUUAGAGCAGUCAAGCAGUUCCAAGCAGAAAGACGUACCCAGAUCAAAACCAGAUACUUCAACGGCAGACGACGUGCCUCCUCAGCGGACCCUUUCUAAGCGGAGGGUUGAGCCCGCGACUGCACGCCGUGCUCCAAGUGAUGGCCUUGCAUCUCGCGAGAGGAACGCAUCUCACAAAGCCGCAUUGGAGAAAUUGACUGGAGUUUCACCACCUGUCGCGAGGAACGGUUCACACAAACUUCAGAAAACUCCACCAGCACCGGAUGGAACAACGAAGACGCAAGGGAGCAGGAUACCUAGUAGAAUACCUGUCCCAAUUGCACCCUCAAUUGUCCCAAGUGCCGGGAUCGAGAACUCGAACCGCGCACUAGAUUAUUCUGACAUAGAAUCUACAGCUACGCACAAUCGCCCCUUUACUCCGAUCGGUCACGGAUUGCACCCAUCUCCACAUCCGAGCAGCCCACAAUCACCGCCACAGAGGGUGGCUGAUGUCACUCGACAAAGACAACGCAAAUCGAGCGUUUCUUUCAAGGAACCAAUGAGCCGUCGCCCAGUCGAUGAAUGGAAAGAGGCGGGAGUAGCAAGACUGACUUCCAACGACUUCUUGAGUGAAACUAUCCCCUUGGCGGACAAGUCUAAACCAUGGUGGGAACAGGGACCAGCACCAGCAAAUCGUAGGAGCAGCAGGUCCAACAGACCUCUCGAGACUGGCCAUCUAGAAGGACCUAUCGACGACAAAACUGCAGAAUUUAAGCCCAAGCUUUUCCUUCGGUGCGGACCAUUAUUGCGCUAUACAGGUAUGAAGAGCUCCAAAACAGAUAACGGUGGAUCGAAGCGAGAGAUAUGGCGAGGAAGUGUCAUGAUCGUAACUCAAGACUCCCAUUCUUCUUACGAUACCCCUCCCACUCUACGGCUCUUUGCACGACCCCAAAGGUUACUCCCGCCUCCGCCGGAUAAAGUCGCUGAAGAUGACCUUAAUCCUGGAUAUGUUGAUCCGGUAGCUGGACUAAUGAAACUUUCCAGGACUGGCCGUGCAUUGUAUGUCAGACCAGUCGACCACCUGGAGGAAGGGAAAGACUUGUCACAAGUUGAGGACGAUGAUGGUCUUUUUGAGAGCUCUCCAAGCCCUCUGGAUCUUGAUGGAUCCCACGAUGCAACGUCAAUGCCCAGCAACAAGCGAAACCUUGAUCAAGAUGGUGAGCGACUCGGCCGAUAUCAAGAAGUCAAGGGCGCCAGAUUGUUUGGAGAUCCGGAUCGAGAUGUGACGUUCUGGCGGUUCAAUAUUGAGGUGGAGCUUCAAGACGAGCAGCAGCAUAUUGCAUAUCGCAUCAAUCGCGGCCCCGCGCUGGGUUUCUGGGUUCCAGCUCAAGGCGAGACCAUGAAUAUCAUGUUUCACAGCUGUAAUGGCUUCAGUCUAUCGGUCAAUCCGGACAACUUCAGUGGACCUGAUCCACUAUGGAGAGACGUUUUGAAUACGCAUCAAACUCGUCCUUUUCAUGUUAUGAUCGGCGGUGGUGAUCAGAUUUACAACGACCGGGUCAUCCUUGAAACUCAACAUUUCGGAGAAUGGACCAGAAUGCGAAAUCCAACUCACAAGCAUCACGCUCUGUUUACUCAUGAAAUGAAGGAGGAACUAGAGACCUUCUAUCUGAAUCGAUAUGCUAUGUGGUUCUCGCAAGGCAUGUUCGGUAUGGCCGCCAGCCAAAUUCCAAUGGUAAACAUCUGGGAUGAUCAUGAUAUCAUUGAUGGUUUCGGUUCCUAUCCCAAUCAUUUUAUGGAGACUCCUGUCUUCUCAGGACUCGGAAAUGUUGCCUUCAAGUAUUAUAUGCUUUUCCAGCAUCAGAGCGUUCCCGAAGAAACCCCCGCACAUGAACCUAGCUGGCUGUUAGGGCGGGAACCUGGUCCUUAUAUCAAGCAGCUCAGCAGAAGCGUUUUCAUGCAGAUGGGCAAACAUGUUGCGUUCUUGGGGCUCGAUUGUCGGACCGAGAGAAUGCGCAAUGAGGUAUUGAGCGUCGACACAAUCGAAAUGAUCCUCGAGAGAUGUCGCAAAGAGUUAGUCGAGGGUGAGACGAAACACCUGAUUGUACUGCUGGGUGUGCCGAUCGCGUAUCCUCGUCUGGUAUGGUUAGAAAAUAUGCUCACCAGUCGCUUUAUGGAUCCAGUGAAAGCUUUGGGCAGGGUGGGAAUUCUCAAAGGAGGAUUUUUGAACAAGUUUGACGGUGGUGUUGAAAUCUUGGAUGAUCUUGAUGACCAUUGGACAGCCACCAACCAUAAGCAUGAGCGAAAUGAUUUGGUAAAAGAUCUACAGGAUCUUGCUGCCGAGAAAUCCUGCCGAAUCACCAUUUUGAGUGGCGAUGUUCAUCUUGGUGCAAUAGGGCAAUUCCACUCGAACCCGAAGCUCAAAAUUCCCAAGGAUCGAGACCACAGGUACAUGCCCAAUAUCAUCUCUUCGGCAAUUGUGAAUACUCCACCAUCGGAUAUGGUGGCAGAUAUUCUCAAUAAGCGGAACAAAACUCAUCACUUGGACAAAUACACUGAUGAGAACAUGAUUCCUAUGUUCACGCACGAUGUUGACAGCAAGAAGCGGAACAACAAACAUAUGCUCCCUAGAAGGAAUUGGUGCUCGAUCCGGGAGUAUGUGCCAGGCUCAACUCCUCCUCCAUCACCACCGGAAAGUCCAGAGAUUUCAGAAGAUGAAGAAGAACCCGAGGGGUCUCCAGAUAUCGAGUCUCAACCUCGGCGGUUUUCUUUCACCAAGGAAGAUGUCAACCCUAGAGCAUUGUUUCGAAGAUUAAGUUCUCGCAAAGCUCCUCCCACUUCUUAUCGCGAUGCAAUGUAUGAACAGGAUCGAGCGGCGUCGUAUGAUGGUAGUUCACGACCUCAGGGCCAUUCAGGCCCUCUAGUGAGCAAUGCUUCUGGAUCACGACAGUCUUCCGCCGAUUUUCAACCAGUUCCUGGUAAACGCGCCUCAUCAUUUGAUCACAAUUCUUCAGGAACUCCCGUCCGCCCUGGUAUGUUUCAGCGUCGCCCGACAAACUUCUCGGAAAAGGCAGCGAGAAAAGGCAAUAUCCCAGCCAUUGAUGCUGAAGGCAAUGAGAUCGACGUAAACGACAGUGUGAACCUCGAAGGUGGUCUUGAUAUUGUACUCAAUAUGGAGAUCAACCAAAAAGAUCCAUCGGGUAUCACAAUGCCCUACCGACUUCUGAUUCCCGCGCUUUGGUAUGACGGUAGUUCAGAUCGUGAGAAGCUAGACGAGGUUGAAGGUGUCCAGAGAAGACCGACGUUCCUCAAUCGCAUCGGCUUGGGUGGCGGUAGAAGUCAUAAAGCAGCGCGUGGACAGGGGGAAGGUAAUUGGGGUCAGACAGACACUGAGGAUGAGAGCUACGACGAAGAGGAUGUCGUGCAAAAGAAAGCCCAGACACGUCGGAGGUUUAGCCUGUUUGGUAGCAGGCGACGAAACCAAACAGACUACGCCAGUGAGACAGAGUCGGAUCAAGAGGAUGGAAUACUGGCAAACCAACCUGACCAAUUUGCUCCCAAACCUGUUACCAGCAAUACUGCAAGUCAGCCAGAUUACAACGUGUCGCAUAACAUGACAGGUCCUCCAAGUCACGACUUUCUAUAUGAUACAUCCACGCGUCCACCACCUACGCAUAGUCUUGCACCAGCAACACAUCCUAGUACCCAUCGAUCACUUACGAUCACCUCGAGUUCCCGCCAACCUUCGCACCAUAAUCAGCAAGGCUCGCAUUUCAAGAACAACAGAGAGAGCCGACCAACACAGCCAUCAUCAUCUGCAAUCGCAGACUUUGGAUCUGGCCACGGUUCAACUUCGGGAAGGCAAGGAGCAAAUGAAUGGGACACUCUUGGUUCUAACAGUGGACAUUAUCCAGGUACCCGUUCAUCCCAUGGGAAGCCUAGCGGGAGUCCGAAUGAGGCAUUUGUUGAUGCUCCUCCGGUGGGCACGAGUGGCAACUUUCCUCAGCGACGCCUGAGCAAGCAAGAAAGAAUUUUGGGGAUUUCAUCUUCGGAUCCUCAACCACAGGUUCCUCCUCAGGCGUUGAGAGGGAAUGGUAUUAUUGGCAAAGAAUACGGGUUGAGCAGUCCUGUGAGUCCUCCCCUUGGCCGCCAGCCUGCUUCCGGCUAUACUGGCAUCGAAGCGUAUAAAGAGCCCAAGCCUCGGAGAGGAUUUAGCCUCAGGAAGGCAAGAGAUUGGCUGGACGGUAGAGGUCGAAGUGGUCAGGACGACUUUGAUUAG